AUGUUCAACUUCAGAAGCAUCCUGAAGAUACUACAGUUCCUGAAAUUAUUGAUUGUUUUAGUUUUUGAGAAUUUAAUCUUACUCAUAUUUCCUCCAUGCAAAAAAAAAUUUGCUGGGGAAAUAGUGCUUAUUACUGGCUCCGCAAAUGGGAUUGGAAGGCAGAUUGCCUUAAAUUUUGCUCCUUUGGGAGCAACCUUGGUUCUUUGGGACAUUGAUGAUGAAGGUAACAAAGAAACAAGCAGAUUAGCCGAAAAAAAUGGAGCUAAACGAGUGUUUGCCUACCACUGUGACUGCAGCAAUAGGGAGGAGGUCUAUGAACAGGCAGACAAGGUUAGAAAUGAAGUUGGGGAUGUCACUAUUCUAAUCAAUAAUGCUGGCAUACUGCUUGGGAAAAAGUUCUGUGACAUUCCAGAUGCAGAUUUUGAAAAGACCUUAAGAGUCAACUUCCUCUCUCAAGUCUGGACUUGCAAGGCCUUUCUUCCAGCCAUGAUGACCUGUAACCGUGGACACCUGGUUAGCACAGCCAGUGCGGCAGGACUGUUGGGAGUCUACAGAAUGUCAGAUUAUGCUGGAAGUAAGUAUGCAAUCAUUGGAAUGAUGGAAGCCUUACAUUCGGAACUGUAUCAUGCAGGAAAACAUGGCAUUAAAACCACAAUCAUUUGCCCUAGUUUUGUUAAUACUGACCUAGCUAAAGGUUUUCAAACUGAAAACUCCCUUUUUCUUCCUGUUUAUGAUGCUGAGUAUGUAGCCAGCAAGAUCGUGAAUGCAAUUCAAAAGGAAAAGUUUUAUCUGUUCAUGCCUCUGAUUUUACACUUUCUCGCUUUCAAAACUCUCAUUCCUAGAAAAAUGGUACUACUCUUUGAAUCUUGCCUUAAGAUCCCCAGCGGCCUGGAUAAAGCCUUUGGUCGGAAGAAAAAGGAUUGAAACCUAAAUAUUCUGAAGACCUUGAGUGCCAUCUA